UCUACAGUUUCGCAUCAUCAUCAUUUUCACACGGGGCCAUCAGAAAGUUACAGAGAGAAACCAGAGAGAAUAACAACCACAAAAUUUUGGAGUUUUCUUCUUUAAUUUAAUGGCUGUUUCACUCAUUUACAUUGCGUCCAAUCCGUGACCUUCCUCUGAAUUUUUUUACUUUGUGAAUUAUGCGUCGGUGAACCAAUACUAUUAUAACUCUCUCGAUCUCUCUGGGUUUUGUUUGAUUUUCUCCUAGGAUUUAUUGUUGUUGUUGUAAAUUUAAAUUAAAUUAAAAAAGGAGCAUUUUUGUAGAAUGAGUUCCAAUUUUGAUAGAUGGGAGAAAGAUCCAUUUUUUUCUGCUGCGGAAGAAGUACAAGAAUCCGCAGACAGGAUGGAAUCUGCAUAUAGAACAUGGCUACAUGAGAGGAAAAAUCCUGCAAGUGUUUGUGAUCCUGAUGAGCUUCGUAGAGAUCUACAUACAACCCAUGGCACUGCUAAAUGGCAGCUUGAUGAGUUUGAGCGUGCGGUUGGAUUGAGCUACGGGGAUAGUUCAGCCAAGGAUGCAAAGACAAGGCACGGGCAAUUCAUUCUAGCAAUUGGAAAUCAGAUUGAAACAAUUGAGAAUUCGUUGAGGGAAUCUGCCAUGGCAGAAGGGAAAGCCACACAUUCAUGGGUUCGAUUGGAUGAAGGGGAGAGAGAUGAGCUUGCUAUGUUUUUGUCUGGUUCAUCAACAGAUUUAGCUCGAUUGCCUGUAAAUAAUACUCGUAGGGUUGAACCUGAAGAGGAAGGGAAUGCACAAGGGACACAAGAAAUGGCAAUGCCUGAGUGUUCUAAGAAUUCAUCUCGAUCAGCUGAGGCAGAAGCAAAAGAGACCAAGGAAGAGAAAUUGAUUGGGCAUAGAAGAACAGCAAGUGCGAGUGCUGAUAUUGGCACCUGGAAGAUUGGGAUAGCUGAUGAUGGUUUCCACCAUGUCCCUCUAAAUCCUCAGCCAGAUCGCCCUCCACCAAGAAUACUUAGUUUCUCAGGAUUGCUCAAUCCAGUUGAAAUUACAACCAAGAUUAAGAAUGCUUCUAGAAAGUGGAAGCCUGGGGAUUGCCAUCAAGCAGAGGAUGCAAUUCCCUUGCACACAGCUCAGUUGACACGGGGAAUUGAUGCAUGCUACGAGAGAAGUAAGAGCUGCCUUGACAACUGUGAUGAUUCUUAUGAGAAGCAUCUUUAUGGGUGGAUGGGAGCUGUUCAGAGACAGCUUCAAAGGUCUCAGUAUCAAAUCCAAUAUAGUCGGCCUGUUCAGGUGGCAAUGUGGAUUAUUUUCGUCCUUUGCUUGCUUGUGCUAUUUGUGCUACGUGCAAUCUAAUAGAAGAUAUAAAUGGUGUAUCUAUCUUGGGUUAGACGAUUUUCAGCAUCGACAGCAUAUGUUUUUAGCUGCCAAUGGAAGAAACAUGCAAGAGCUUCUUGUCGAGGAGUUAGCGGUAUUUGGAUGCACCAAGAGAUUUGCUCACAGUGGUUGCAUAUGAUAGUGUAUGUAUUUCUUGAAUCCCUGAAAAGAAUGUAGAACAAAGACAACAGGGGUUUUCUGAUAAAAUCGAACUGAAACCCCAUUUUGUAACCCCUCAAGAAAGAAAUGUGAUUUUUUCGUGUAAUGCUAUUGAUAGUGACUUUUUAUGUAGUACUAUGUUGUAUAUAUAAAAACAGUUAAUGGGUGAAAAUCCAAAUUAUAGGUUAAACAUUCAA